CCCUUACUUCCUGGAUACGCGUUGAGAAAAACAGCCAGGUUGGAUUUGUUAUCAUCGUCUCGCAGAGUUUCCUUCAACCUGUGGUUUAACUACACUAAACAAGACGGAGCAUUCCGGAGAUAAAUAACCGUUUAAUAUGAAGGAAGCAUCGAUGAUUACGUGAAAUCAGACUCGGAGGCGGGCGGCGCAGAGUUGUCAGAGAGAGAGCGCCACGUCAUUGGUCGAGUCAGAGAAAACACACCCGCGAUUUAGUCCCAGCCCGCCAGAGAUUAGACGGCGACACUUAACCCCCGUGUGCUGCUGGGUUUGCUGGACUGUUUCGAGUUGUUCUUACCGAGAGAGGGUCAGUGACGAAGAGGUGGACAAUGACGGCGUCCAACUCGGGUCUCAUCAUGAACGUGGUGAACAGCAUCGUGGGAGUGAGUGUGCUCACCAUGCCCUUCUGCUUCAAACAGUGUGGGAUAGUGCUGGGAACAAUACUGUUGUUCUCCUGCUCCUGGAUGACCCACCAGUCCUGCAUGUUCCUGGUUCACACGGCUAGUAACACCAAACGAAGGACGUAUGCAGGAUUGGCCUUCCACGCUUACGGGAAACCAGGAAAAACAUUGGUGGAGACGAGUAUGAUUGGGUUGAUGUUGGGGACCUGCAUUGCCUUCUAUGUCGUCAUCGCUGAUUUGGGCUCAAAUUUCUUCGCUCAGCUUUUGGGUUUACAGGUGACGGGCAGUUUUCGUGUGCUGCUGCUGAUCGCCGUGUCUCUCUUCAUCGUGCUCCCGCUGAGUCUGCAGAGGAACAUGAUGUCCUCCAUCCAGUCUUUCUCUGCGAUGGCUCUCAUGUUCUACACCCUCUUCAUGUUCACGAUAGUGUUGUCAUCUCUUCGCUACGGCAUAAUCUCGGGCUCCUGGGUGGAGCGGGUUCACCUGUGGCGCUUCAAGGGCGUCAUUCAGUGCCUGCCCAUUAUCGCCACAACCUUCUGCUGUCACCCGCAGGUGCUGCCGACCUACGACAGCCUGGACGAGCCGUCCGUCAAACGCAUGAGCACCAUCUUCACCUCCGCCCUCAAUGUAGUCACCAUCUUCUACAUCACCGUGGGGUUCUUUGGCUACGUCAGCUUCACAGAAAACAUUGCAGGCAACGUGCUGAUGAAUUUCCCCUCCAACCUGGUGACAGAAAUGAUCCGCGUGGGAUUCAUGAUGUCCGUGGCGGUCGGAUUCCCGAUGAUGAUCUUACCGUGUCGCCAGGCCAUCAACACCAUGCUUUUUGAACAGCAGCAGAAGGAUGGGACAUUUGCUGCCGGGGGAUACAUGCCCCCUCUGCGCUUCAAGAUGAUCACCCUCUGCAUCGUGUUUGGUACCAUGCUGGGAGGCAUUCUGAUUCCAAACGUGGAAACCAUUCUAGGUCUGACUGGAGCCACCAUGGGCAGUCUCAUCUGCUUCAUAUGCCCUGCUCUCAUCUACAGGAAAAUCCAGAAGAAAAGCUUCAUCGCUCAGUUGGUGCUUUGUGUGGGUUUGGGCAUCCUGCUGAUCAGCACCUUUACCACUCUCUCCAUUUCGGCAAGCAGCCCUGGCACCAAGGUCCAGGCCCCUUCUCCUCGAGCUCCUGUCAAGAACAACCAGCCACUUCCGGACCCCCAUGAACCGCACGACAAUCCUCCUAACAAGAAGCCAGUGGAAAUUGAAAAGCCUGACCUCCCAGCUGCAGCAGGGGUCCAACCUGUGGCGAGGGACCAGGCCGAGCCCCCCCAGAUUAAAGGACCAGUGGAAUUACCUGAGGGGAAGAAGGGGGAGGAGGUGCAGUUGGACCGACCUGAUGCUGGUGUUGCGGUGCCAGAGGGAGAGGCCCAUCGCCACGAACCACCCAUCCCUCAUGACGAGGUCAAAAUAGACACAAGAAAAGAGGUCAAGAAACAGAAUGAUGGAGGAGGAGUAGAUGAAGCACCCAAAAGAGAUGGAGAGCGUGGUUUGGUGGAGCCUGGGAAGGUAGACGACAAGGUAGAGAACCCAAAGCCUGCAGAGGAUGUUGUGAGGAAAGAGGAGGUGGAUUUGGGUGGAGGUGAAGUCUUGUCCAAUGAGCUGCUGGAGAACCCAGAGGAAGACGGAGGAAAGAAACAGAACGUUCCCCUGCCAAAGGAAGGGGAGAAGUUAGAUUCUGUGAAAGAUCUGGCAGCGAAUGCAGUCGGUGCAGCCAAUCAAGCUGCGGUGGUAAAAGUGGGCAAAGUUUCAGAUGCUGCAGGGAAAUCUCAGCCUCUUGAAGGAGAACCUCAUCCUGCUGCAGAUGCCGCUGCAGACAGUAAAGACACGGCGGACGAAAAGAUGGAGGUGAUAAAAAAGUUGGUUGCAGAGGGCCAGCUUGACCAUGCGGUGCUACUGCAGGUGAUUAAGGAGCAACAAGAGCAACAUAAGAGACUUCUAGAUCAGCAAGAAAAACUACUGGCUGUCAUAGAAGAGCAACACAAGGAAAUCCACCAGAAAAUACCCGCUGGUGCUGCUGAGGGCGUGGCAGAGAAAGGCUUCCAGGAGCACCUGGAGGUGAUGGAAGGUGGAGCAGCAAAGCCCAAAGACUCUGGACCGGUCCCAGAGCUGAAGCCUGCCAAGGAGGCAGCUGGAGCUGAAGCUGGAGUUCCACAGGGUGGAGUGGUCCAGAAUCAAGCUCAGGCUGUGGAUAAAGUCGCUGUGGCUGGGACACCUAAAGCAGUCGUCCCAGCUGCUUACAAGGAGGAUUCCCACGUUUCACCUGGAGGAGAGGGUCAGAAACAGAUCGAGCUGGGAGCGAGGGGAGUGCCACUGGGAAAGAAAAGAUCUGAUGACCAUCAACCUGUGAUUAAAAACGAUCCUGCAGCUCAACUUAAAGACGAAGAAAAACUCCUCGAUAAUGAAAACCAGAUAAAUGUUAAACAGAUAGAGAAAGAAGUGCAGGCAAGGGUGGAAAAAGAACGACUGGAAAGGGAGGAAAAAGAAAAGCUGGUCAAAGAGAAGGAAAGAGCAGAGAGUGAAAGGAUAGAGAAAGAAGUGCAGGCAAGGGUGGAAAAAGAACGACUGGAAAGAGAGGAAAAAGAAAAGCUGGUCAAAGAGCAGCAGUUGGAGAAGGAAAGAUUAGAGAAAGAAAGGAUAGAGAAAGAAGUGCAGGCAAGGGUGGAAAAUGAACGACUGGACAGGGAGAGGAGAGAUAAGCUGGCCAGAGAACAGGAGCUAGAGAAAGAGAGAGCAGAAAGAGAGAAACAGCAAAAAGCUGCCGAGAUACAGAGAGCAGACAAUGAAUUACUUGAGAGAAUGAGGAAAGAAAAGGAGGCAGAGGAGGCUCGAGAGAGGCUGGCCCAGCUGAAGCCAGCCAUAGAAGAGGCUGAAAAGGCUGCUGUACAGGGACCUGAGAGAGAAGACGGCGAAGCUUUGAUGAAAGGAGGACGAGACCUCAAAGAGAAAGUUGCAGCUCAGCCGAGCCCCAGAGAAGGUGCAGAAGACAGAGCUGUCAAAUCCGAGGCUCACCCCCAGGGCUCCCACGAGAAAGUCAGGGACCAGGGAGAGAUGGAUCUGAGGCGGAGGCGCAGGGCGGUGGGACCUAAAGAGGCUGGAGGGCCCCCGGAGGACACUGGGGCGUCUAGGGGGGUGCCUGGCCUGGAGCCCCUGCUGCAGCUGGGGGGCUCGAACCUGCACGCUGCCCUGGAGGAGCAGCUGCUGGCCGGGGCCAUGGUGCACUCGCGGCAGAUUAAACAGGCCUCAGAGGACGAGAGAGCCAAAUAACAUCAGACGCACAGAUUCUCAUUUAGUGGUCAGACAGUGAGUUCACAUGUUGUUAUACCUGCAGGACCUCCUCACACUGUGGACCAUGACAACCGAUGCCUUAUGUUCUCUCUGUCUCUUCUUGGACAAAGAGUUUGUCUUUCUUGAAAUACUCUUGAAUACGUCUUUAUUAAAGCAAAGUGUAUGUAAAUAUUAACUUAUUUUUGUCUUGUGGCAGGGAUUUGUGGGAGAUUCUUUGUUGAAAAAUGUAUAUAAAUCUAUGCAAAUACCA